CAGAAUUUAUUUUAUGAAGACGCUGCUUGGGUGGUGCAAAAUUUCUGUUUUUCGAAUGUUUUAUACCCUUCCAGUGUUGCUGACUUAAGUCAGCUGGCACCGAAACAGAAUGUAUCUUUACAUUCUGCUCCCCACUCUAUAAGCAGUCUUUGGCAUUUUAAUUCGUUUAAAUUUGACUUUUUUCAAUAAACAAUACUUGACCAUGACAAGGGAUGAUUUGGAAUGAGUCAGUUCGCCUGAAUCAUAUUUCUACAAUAUGAUUAUAUCAUGAUUAUAUUUUUCCCUCAUUUUAAUUUUUAUAUUGUCCAACUCCGUAUGAACAAGAAGGGAUACCAUUACUAUCAGCUCAAUUUAGUAUCAUGUCCCCAACAAAGUUAUAUUUUUUUAUUGUAAGUGCUAAUUGGGUACGAAAAUCCCUAAUUGAUAGGAUAUUUUUCGCGAAUUAUAGUCGAACGGGUCCGUGUUUUAAUUAUGUUUCUGUAUAUUUAUGUAUUUAUAGUUUAUACAAUUGUACGAAGAUUUAUUGUGAUCAUUAUUCGAAUAUUUGUUUACUGUGUGCCAUUAACAAAGACUAUUAUUUUACUAAGGGUAAUUUCACCAAAUACAAUUAAGACCACUGUCCAUUUUUUAAAUUUCAAUCAGUGUAUAACGAUUGUGUGUGAAAAUCUACAGGAGAACAUUUGUAGUUCUUACAAUUGAGAAAUAAAAAAAUUGGAUUGUCCAGUUUCAUUUAAGAGCCAAAUGAUCCGUUUCUUUUAUCCAUCACUUAUUUUCUCUAAGAGCAAUGAGUUUUAUUCCACAAUGAAAUAUCGCAAAGUUGGAUGUUUCUUAAACACUUGUUUAUGAAAACAAAGAAAUUGUAUUGAUACAUCCAGGUAAGUAAUUAAUGAAAUAAGGUACGUAUUUUUCAUUACAAUAAGUUAAAGCUUAUCAAACCAAAUCAAUACAGCGUUACGCAGUUUUGCUGAAUAUAAUCCGGAUACAAUUCUGCUAUUGAACAAUUAUGACUUAUAAUUUUUUGUCUAUAUAAAUCCGGUCUCGAGAUCGGUGCUAACAUAAUUGGUUGCUACCGAUGAAAUGUUGAAUAUGAAACCAUUGUCACUUUUUUGUGUUUUUUGCGUUUUCAAAAUUUGCUAUGCUGAGGAUAAAAAGUGUAAUCCAAGAUUUCAUUAUUUCCAACCAUUUUAUGGAAAGAUCCCCCCAAAAGCUUUCAAAGCAGGCGUUGAUAAGAACGGCGAAGACAAAUAUAUCGCUCGCAUAGUUUCUCUCGACGAACGUACUUGGUCAGCUCCAACUACUUUUUCCGCCUCAAGCAUGUGGACCUUUUUUGGCUGGCAGGGAGAAACGGACAAAAAAGUCACCAAGUUUAUUGAGCUAAUGAUGGUAGAACCUGAACGUCCUGGUUUCGGUUGGUUUAACGUUAAGUCGAAAAGAAUCCUGUACAACUUGUACGAGGACUGCUGCUUCGUGGAAGGAGGUUAUGGCUUUAAGGAUGGCAAAAAGUAUACGGCAUACGUAGCGAGGACAAACGACAAAGGUGUUUAUCACGUUGGAGGUCUUUAUAUGCCCGACUGGACCAACAAAGAGUCCAUGCAUUAUAUGGAUGGAUGGGAAUCCAAAUAUAUCGAAACAGGUUACGAUGUUCUCGCUUACGAUUGUUGCCAGGAGGUGCUGUGUAACCCCCGUAAUAAGAACCAUCCUUCGAAUUGUUGUACGAAAUAAUUUGCGAUAGAUUGUGAAUUGCUAUAUUUAUACGAAGUUGUUGGAAAUUAAAUAAAAAACUGUUUUUCUCA